GGGCGCUCAUUCUAGGACUUCAGGCUGGAGGCACAUUAAGGCUGCCCCCUCGCUUUGCAGACUGGCCCCAGAGAUGCUAAGUGACUUGCUAAUGGUGCCCCAGCCAGUUAACGGCUCGGACCUGCAUUUUUCAUUAGAGAAAACGGAAACCCAGAAGAUUAAGAUCUCUGAAUGCUACCUAGCAGAAGGAGAACUUCUGUUUAUAACUACAGCUUGGGAAUUCGCUGCAGGGUUUCUCGAUUCUCUGGGAAAAAGUGUUUGGAAAGUUCUGUGCCAAGAAGUUCCUCCCUAUGUCCUUGCUGUUUAGGUUUUUGAUAAUCCUUAUUGUGGAGGCCAUGCCUAAACUAAGAAAAUGCAAUACUCCAUGGACCUAAUGAAAUGAGAUAAUGCACAAGAGAGAGCCUCCCACAAUGCCUGGUACAUAGUAAGUGUUCUGUAGUGUUUAAUAAGCGCUAUAAUUAUUAAUAUUAUUUACCUAGUUUUUCUACCAGCCCUCUCAAUAACUAAAAUAUGAGAAUAAUUGUUAUGCAUAAGUGUAUGAGUUAAGACACUCUUGCUCCCUCCCUUUUCCCCCUUUUAAAAACUCAUAUAAGGCACUAAAGGCCUGAAAUGUUACUGUUGAGUUGUACUAGAAAAGUGCCUUAGAAGUUUAGCAAGGGACAGGGCUAUUUUUGCCUCUAGUUUCUUGUUUACUACAUCACAGAGAAACACUAAAUUUAAAAUCCAUUACAGAUAGAUUCUGAUUUACUCACUUGGAAAACCAAUUUAAAAACCAAUAAAAAACAGUACAGAUAGAAAAAAGUCGAUUUUACAGUUUUCUUUGGGGGGGAAUGCCUGUAUUUUUCUUGGACUUACCAUUUAUGACAUGUUUUGAAUAGUGAGGGUGAAAAUUAUGUAUACAACUAUUUGUUUAAAAACAAGAGCACUGUUUGCCUAGGAUGGCAAAUUUGGGAAGUCUACAAACAUGACAAUUUCUUUUUUUUUAAUUUUUAAUAUUUUUGUGGAGACAGAGUCUUGCUGUGUUGCCCAGGCUGGUCUCGAACUCCUGGUCUCAAGUGAUCCUCCUUCCUCAGCCUCCUGAAGUGCUAGGAUCACAAGCAUGUGUUACCACGCCCAGCCACAAAUAUGACAGUUUAAUAGCUUUAUCUCCCAGUAGUGCAAUUAACAGAUUAAUAGCGGCCUUUUUUUCCCCUAUAUAACCCUCUUAAAAUUUUUUUACAAUGAACAUUUAUUCGAAGUAGUAAAUGUUGGCAAGAAUUUAGAAGAACUGGAACUCUCAUACAAUCCUGGUGGGAAUAUAAAAUUGUAUAAACAAUUUGGGGCUGGAUGUGGUGGCUCACACCUGUAAUCGGAGCACUUUGGGAGGUCAAGGCGGGUAGAUCACUGGAGAUCAGGAGUUUGAGACCAGCCUGGCCAACAUGGUGAAACCCUGUCUCUACUAAAAAUACAAAACUUAGCUGGGCAUGGUGGCAGGCAUCUGUAACCCCAACUACUCAGGAGGCUGAAGCAGGAGAAUUGCUUGAACCUGGGAGGCAGAGGUUGCAAUGAGCCGAGAUUGCACCAUUGCACUCCAGCCUGGGCAACAGAGCAAGACUCCAUCUCAAAAAGAAGAAAGAAAAAGGAAAACAUUUCGACAGCUCUUUAUAAAGUUAAACAUACACUGGCCAUAAUAUCCAGCCACUCCACCCAAGGUAUUUGCCCAAGAGAAAAUGAAAGCAUAUGUCUAUACAAAGACUUGGACAUUAAUGUUUAAUGUUUAUAGCAGUUUUAUUUGUGAUAGCUGAAAACUAGAAACGAUCCAACAUACAUCAACAGGUAAAUGAAUAAACCCAUUGGAGUAUAUAUCCAUACAAUGAAAUACUAUCAUCAACAAACAAGGAAUAAACUGUUGAUACAUGUAACAUGGAUGAAAUAAUCACGGUAAAUAAAAGAAGUCAGACAGAAAAGAACGUAUACUAUAUGAUUCUGUUUAUAUAAAACUCCAGAAAAGGCAAACUAUAAUCUAUAUGACAGAAAGUAGAUGAGUGGUUUCUAGAGGGAAAGGAGAUCAUCUAAACAUGAGGAAACUUUAGGGUUGAUGGAUAUGUUAAUUAUCUAGAGUUCAAUGAUGAUUUCAGUUAUAUUUUAGAACUUAUUGUAUACUUUAAGUGUAAUAUAUUGUAUGUCGAUUAUAAAUAUUUAAAAGGACAUAGCCAGGGGAGGUGGAGCAAGAUGGCUGAAUAGAAGCCUCCACUAAUCCUGCUCCCCGCAGGAACACCAAAUUGAAUAACUAUCCACACAAAAAAAAGCACGUUCAUAAGAACCAAAAAUCAGGUGAGUGAUCACAGUACCUGGUUUUAACUUCGUAUCACUGAAAGAGUAACUGAAGAGGGUAAGACAGUCUUGAAUUGCUAAAUGCUAUCUCUCCCCCAUUCGCCAGCAGCAGCCACCUGGCAUGGAGAGAGAAUGUGUGCUUCUGGGAGAGGAAGAGUGCAGUGAUGUUCAGACUUUGCAUUGGAACUCAGUGCUGCCCAGUCAUAGCACAAAGCAACACUGGGAAGAACUCACCCAGGUCCCAUGGAGGGAUCAUUUAGACCAGCCCUAGCUAGAGGCAAAUCAUCCAUCCCAGCAGUGGGAACCUGAGUUCCAGUAAGCCUCCCGACCAUGGGCUGAAGUGCUCUGAGGUUCUGCAUAAACUUGAAAGGCAGUCUAGGCCACAAGGAUGACAAUUCCUGGGUUUACCUUCCAGAGGCUGGCAAUGCUGUUUCACUGGAGGACACGGCUAAGAAGGAAGUCCACCAGCCUGCCAAGAUGAAAUGCCUUGAAGAGAGCUCUGCUUAGCUCCCCUGGAGUCAAGGCCCCUGGUGUGCUGGGAAUGUCACUUGCCUCCUUGCAUUUUCUGUGGCAGACCUUGGACUACCUGUCGCCCAUCCCUUUCUGGCCUACAUUUCCCAGCACCAGCUCUCCAGCACAGCACUUUGGACCUCGGCUGCCCUCACCAGACCCAACUCUCUUCUGCAGCCUGCUGACCUCGUGGCCCCCUAGGUUCAGUCAUCUGACCCAGCUCCACCCUCGGCACCAACGAAUCUUGCAGCAGCAGCAGCAUAGUCAAACACCAAGUCCCCCAGCCAAGAAGCCUUGGUCUCUGCAGCCAGACCCCUAUGCUAACCUCAUGACCAGAAAAGAGAAGGACUGGGUGAUAAAAGUGCAGAUGGUGCAGCUGCAGAGUGCAAAACCCCGCCUGGAUGACUACUACUACCAGGAAUAUUACCAGAAGCUAGAGAAGAAGCAGGCAGACGAAGAGCUACUUGGACGAAGAAACCGGGUUGAGUCCCUCAAGCUGGUAACGCCUUACAUUCCGAAGGCAGAGGCUUAUGAGUCCGUGGUCCGAAUCGAGGGUUCCCUGGGCCAGGUAGCUGUGUCGACAUGCUUCAGCCCUCGCCGAGCUAUUGAUGCGGUACCCCAUGGAACUCAAGAGCAGGAUAUAGAAGCUGCAAGCAGUCAGAGGCUUCGGGUAUUAUACCGGAUUGAGAAGAUGUUCCUUCAGUUACUAGAAAUAGAGGAAGGCUGGAAGUAUAGGCCUCCACAGCCCUGCUUUUCUGAGCAGCAAAGCAACCAGGUUGAGAAGCUCUUCCAGACCUUAAAGACCCAGGAGCAGAACAACCUGGAAGAGGCAGCAGAUGACUUCCUGCAGGUGCUCUCUGUGAGGAAGGGGAAGGCCCUGGUGGCCCGGCUGCUCCCCUUCCUGCCCCAGGAUCAGGCUGUUACCAUUCUUUUGGCUAUCACCCACCAUCUGCCCCUCCUGGUCCGGAGGGAUGUGGCUGAUCAGGCCCUACAAAUGUUAUUCAAACCUCUGGGCAAAUGUAUUAGUCACUUGACCCUCCACGAACUCCUCCAAGGACUUCAGGGAUUAACGCUGUUGCCACCUGGCUCCUCAGAGCGGCCAGUCACCGUGGUGCUUCAGAAUCAGUUUGGAAUAUCUUUGCUCUAUGCCCUGCUGAGCCAUGGGGAGCAACUGGUAUCGCUGCAUUCUUCCCUAGAGGAACCCAACAGUGACCAUACAGCUUGGACAGACAUGGUGGUUCUGAUUGCCUGGGAGAUAGCCCAAAUGCCUACAGCCUCUCUGGCAGAACCCCUAGCUUUCCCCAGCAACCUACUUCCCCUGUUCUGUCACCACGUGGACAAACAAUUGGUUCAGCAGCUGGAGGCCAGGAUGGAGUUUGCCUGGAUUUACUGAUCUGUUUGUUCUGGAAUACGUGUAUGUGGGAAGUUGAAUCAUCAGACACUAGCUACAUAGACUAUGUUUACAGGGAUCCAGAGAGUCUGAAGACAUUUCUUAUGCCUUUAUAUAUUGGAGAACCCUUCCCCAUUUUCAUAUCCUUUCUUCAAAAAUCUAAAUGAUGUGCCUAAAAAUAAGACAUGGCAUAAUAAGGUAUAAUUAAAGAGAUAAUAGAAUGA